AUGAUUAAAAACGUGCUCGCAAAGCCACUUCGUCGUUAUCCUUGUUGCAAUAAUUAUCGGAAUUUAAUUAGUAAUAAUAUUAUUCGGGUGCAAAAAUUCGAAUUUUCAUCAUCGUGUCUUUUGAGAGGAGAAAUACCGGCCGAUCAAGAUGUUUUUGAAUUGAUGAAUAAGAAGGGAGUACAUGGAAGGAGAAAUUUUGGAACACUAUUUGAAUCUAAGGAAGAAACAUCAAAACAAAUUAGUGAAACCAAAGUGGAUAGAAAGAUUUCAUUAACAGAGGAUGAAGCUAGAAAGAUUGCUGAAAAGAUGUUGACCAUUGAUCAUUCUAUUGACCAUUUUAGAAAACAAAUUGAGGAAUGUGCUGGUCAAACAGAUAGAACCGAGAGAGUGAAUAGUAUUCUGUGGGAAAUGCAAAAGCAAAAUAAGACACCUGAUUUUGCUAUGAAAUUACUUAUACAAGAUGUUUCCGAAGGUAAAAAGCCACGUAAAAGAUAUGAUGAUUCACAAUUUAAUUUCAACAAGACAUCUGAAGCCGAUGAAUCAACAGAUAACACUGAAUCAUCUGCUACACUCACAGUUGACCAAGAAAAUUCAUCCUAUACACUCAAUUAUCAAGCUACUGAAAGAAUUGUAAUUGAAAAGUUUGUUGGUGUCAAACCAGGUGAAGAUCAUGGUCAUAAAUCAAACACUGCACCUCCAGUUCAAAAGGAGAAAGAUUUCAAGGAUACGAACUUUUUCGAACCAAUCAAAGCUGCCCUGAGUAAGACGAGGAGAGAAACUGAAGAAUCUAUUAGUACCAUUUUCAAAGGAAAAUUCUCAAAGAAGUAA